GCAGAGCAUGCCGCCCGUGCGGCGCUCAUACCUCGCCUUGCGGAACUCAACAAGGCGAAUACAGCUCCCAUGACCAUCUCUUGCGCGACCCGCGAUCACUCAGCCUCGACGCCGUCACAAAUUCGGGUACAGGCGUCACCUCCGUGCAAAGAUGUCGAACGCGAGCUGCAGGUCAUGCGCGACAGACACUCGAUGCACGCGGCCGAGCUGGCCGCAGCACGGAGCGCCAAGCGCAAGUUGGAGGACGCGUGCGAGCGCGAGCGCGUGGCCCGCCGGCGGGUCGAGCGUCAAAUGAGCGACUUGGAACGUGCGCUGGCUCGGGCGGAGCGGCGUGAAGAGAGCGCCUUGGAACAAAUCAAGAGUGAAGUGGAGGCGCGACGAGUCGCAGAAGAGAGGGCGAUCGCAGAGAGGAAGGCGAGGGUCGAAGCAGAAGAGGCGAUUAAAGAGCGGGAAAAAGAGAGGCAGGCAGCGGAAAGGGAGCUGGAAAAAGUACAGGAGAAGCAGAGGGAAGGUUUGCUGCCAAUGUUCGAGUCGUUGGCGGGGAUGUUCCAACGAGCUGCUAUGGGCAGCGUCAAUAUGGCUGGUGACGGGACCAGGGUCCCAAGCUCGUCUGGGGUUUGAUUGCGGGCGAUCACAUAUCGUCGCAUAUUCUUUCGCUUUCUUUUCACGCAUGAUUUAUUGUGGACCCAACAUGUACAGGAACGCUCUCCGCCAUUGUAAGGUACUCGGCACUCUUCAUGAUGGCUUUUAUCGACACCGCAUGAUAUGGUAUUAGCAUUACUUAUUCGGUGUAAGCGUAUAGUAGUUAUCAGUUAUAACACUGUGAUGUCAGUAUGUUAUUGAUCAUUUAUC